AUGAAGCAGCAACAAGAGGCUCUGCAAGUAAUGGCUGUCUCGAUUCAACAAGGAAUUGAAAUGCCCAAAAAAGAGGUGUUAACCUUUGAUGGUAAUCCUCUAAACUACUGGUUGUUCGUGAACAACUUCAAGGUCAAUAUCGCCAAGAGAGUACCUGAUGCCGAGUUGAGGCUUGCGUACCUUAUACAACAUUGUUCUGGAAAGGCUAGAGAGGCCAUUAUGAACUAUGCCAUAAUUUCCGAUCCAAACGCAGGAUACAGGAAAGCCCAGGAGAUCUUGUAUCAUCGAUUUGGACAGAAACACAUUGUUGCGCAUGCGCACAUCGCAAAGAUAGUGGAAGGUCCUCAGCUUAAAGGUAUGGACGUCACUGGUUUGUCAGAUCUGCCUGUUCAGAUGCAGAAUUGUGCGCUGACCCUUGUCCAAAUGGGUUACAAGGCAGAUGUAAAUGGCUCAGACAAUCUCAUAAAGGUGAUGAAACGCCUCCCUGUUCAUUUACAGUCCAAAUGGGCAGACAGAGCUGGCUCAUUAACCCAAGCUGGAGUAGAACCUAAUUUCUGGCAUCUAGCCGAGUUUGUUGAAGAGAAAGCUUUGUUGGCAAACACUAUGUACGGAAGAGCGGUUGGUUCCAUACCAGACUAG